AGGAAUGGGGCGUGCCCAGAAAGACUCUGCGACGCCACCGGGACGGCAAAGUUCAAAUCCCUGGGCACCUUGGGAGGGGUACGGAUAUACCUCUGUCCCUCGAAAAUGUCCUGGUAGGGAAGAUAAAGGAAAUGGAGAGGCUCCUGUUCGGCCUGACGGCAGAGAAUGUCCGGAUGAUCGCGUAUGAGUUCGCAAAGAAGAUGGGCCUGAAGACACGCUUUUCCAAAGACUCACGUAUGGCUGGCAAGGACUGGCUGCAGGGUUUUUUGAAGAGACACCCUGAUCUUUCUAUCAGGAGUCCGGAGGCCACAAGUAUGGCCAGGGCCGUCGGUUUUAAUCGGCCUCAAGUUGAGCGGUUCUUCACCAUCUACAAGGAAGUUCUCGACGCGGAUAACUACGGUCCGGCGAAGGUGUGGAACAUGGAUGAAACGGGAAUAUCCACAGUGCAGACACCUGGAAAGAUCGUAGCCUCGAAGGGAGUGAAGCGGGUGGGCAAGAUCACGAGUGCAGAGCGGGGGAAGUUGGUCACAGUGCUGUGCGCGGCAAACGCCGCGGGAGGCUACCUGCCCCCUCUCCUUGUCUUCGGCCGAACGAGGAUGGUCGGAAGUCUCAUGAACGGGGCACCACCGGGCUCCGUUGGAACCUGCACCAAAUCAGGCUGGACAGAUCGAGAAGUGUUCCUCCAGUGGUUCCAGCACUUCUUGAAGUCAGUGAAACCACGGGUUGAGGAAAAGCACAUCCUCAUUUUAGACGGCCACCAUAGCCACAAAUCUAUCGAGGUGAUCGACCUGGCGCGAGAGCACGGCGUGACGAUCAUAACGCUCCCACCACAUUCAUCGCACAGUAUGCAGCCAUUGGAUGUGGGGGUGUUCAAAGCUAUUAAGAGCAGCUAUAACAGCGCCGCCGACAGCUGGAUGAGGGCCCAUCCCGGCAGACGCGUGACGGAGUACGAGGUCGCACAGAUCUUUGGCACCGCCUACACCAGGGCAGCGACGAUGGAGCGAGCUAUCAAUGGCUUCAGAGCGUCUGGUAUCUGGCCGUGCGAAAUGCUCUUCACAGAAGAGGAUUUCGCACCAGCGGGUCUCACAGAGGAAGAGCCAGAUGAAAAUCCAAUGGUGGAUGGCUUCAGGCCCCGCGGGGAGCGCACGACAGUGCCGCCCGAGCGCGAUGGAGGAGCCGGUCCCAGCGGCGUGGCGGUGCCGUCCGCUGACGGUAGAGGAGCCGGUCCCAGCGGCGUGGCAGCGCCGCGCACUGACGGUAGAGGAGCCGGUCCCAGCGGCGUGGCAGCGCCACGCACUGAUGGUGGAGGAGCCGGUCCCAGCGGCGUGGCGGCGCCGCCUCCUGAUGGUGGAGGAGCCGGGCCCAGCGGCGUGGCGGCGCCGCCCCCUGAUGGUGGAGGAGCCGGGCCCAGCGGCGUGGCGGCGCCGUCCACUGAUGCAGCCACGGUGGAGGGUGAGCCCGUGAGCCGGGUGCCGGCCGCCGCCGGCUGGCCGCCGUCGCACCACCACCAGCUGGCUGACCUGGAGCUGGACACCACCGACGGCCCCGAGGGCAAGGUCGCCACCCCGGAAAAACGGACCUGGAACCUGCCAGACCUCAACUGGGUUUAG